AUGCGAGUGACGGAUGAUGUGAAGCGGGACCUGCGCCUGCUGCGGCUGAGGGGGGCGUACGACCCCAAGCGCUUCUACAAGAGCUUCGAUGAGUCGAAGUUCCCAAAGUACUUUGCGUUUGGCACGGUGGUGGACGACCCCUUGGACGGCCCCGAGGGCCGCCUGUCCAAGGCCGAGCGCAAGGCCACGCUGACUCAGCAGCUGCUCGCCGACGACGCCCUCAGCGCCUCGCGCAAGCGGCGAUUCAGCAGGAUGCAGGAGGAGGGCCAGGCGCGGGCGGCCAAGGGCAAGAGGCGCAAGACGGACAACCCCAGGAACAAGCCGUCGAAGCAGAGGCCGAAGCACUGA